UUUUUCUUCCUUAGCCGAUAAGAACCUUCUUCCUGAAAAUCUUGUUCCCAUCGCCGACAGACGACUUCUUCUUCUUAUUAUUCUCAGCAGCCGCAGAUCCGAUCAACAGUUGUUGGAAAUGGAGAAGAUCGGAAAGAGAUUUACUGGUAAGGUUGCAAUUGUUACCGCGUCAACUCAAGGAAUCGGAUUCGGAAUCGCCCAACGUUUAGGUCUCGAAGGUGCUUCAGUUGUCAUCUCUUCUCGCAAGCAGAAAAACGUGGAUGAAGCAGUGGAGAAUCUUAAAUCCAAAGGAAUCGAAGCUUAUGGAGUAGUCUGUCAUGUCUCAAAUCCUCAACAGAGAAAAAAUCUCAUCCAGGAAACCAUUCAGAAGUAUGGAAAAAUUGAUGUUCUUGUAUCUAAUGCUGCUGUGAAUCCAUCUGUUGAUUCGAUAUUGGAGACGAAGGAAUCUGUGUUGGAUAAGCUGUGGGAAAUCAAUGUAAAAGCUUCAAUACUGAUUGUACAGGAAGCUGCUCCUUAUUUAGUGAGAAAUGAGGGUUCAUCUAUUGUUUUUGUUUCUUCAAUUGCUGGGUAUCAACCAGAUGCAAACAUGGCUAUGUAUGGGGUAACGAAAACAGCUCUUCUUGGACUUUCCAAGGCUCUUGCACAAACAAUGGCACCGAAAACGCGUGUUAACUGUGUUGCUCCUGGUUUUGUUCCUACGCAUUUUGCAUCGUUCAUUACUGAAAACAAGGAUGUUAGGAAUAUGAUAGUAGGGAGGACAUUGUUAAAUAGGCUUGGGACAGUUGAAGAUAUGGCUGCUGCUACUGCCUUUUUGGCAUCGGAUGAUGCUUCUUAUAUUACUGGAGAAACUAUUGUUGUUUCUGGAGGAGUGUUAGGUUCGAGAUUGUAGUUGUUUUAUGUUGAUGUUCUUGUUGGAAACUUUGAUUGAAUGUCUUAAGAAACUGUUAUAGUAGUAAUGAAUAAAGAAGGUAAGUCUUGAAUUUGGAAUAUCAAGUUUUGAUUAUUCC